CCAACCCCUUGUUCAAUUUGUAACUGGGAGCCCUGACAGCAUUGGCCGUGUAUUUCACUAUAGGCGCUCCCGGCUAACAGACAGAACUGCCGACCAAUGAGAAGAGACAAUGAGGCUAGCGACUGCAGGUAUUGGUUGUAGCAUUGCUGGGCUUCUGGGCUUCUGUAGCGCUCUCUGACAAGGAACCAGCUGCUGUCUGAAGCAAACAACGAACAAAUAGAAUAUCUGUAAGCAGGGUCAGGAGAACCAACUUAACUUUUUCUUCUGCAACGGAAUGAAAGUCAAUGUAGAUAUGAAGCGAUCUAUGCAUAUUAAAAGGACGAGACCUCCUGACUGAUCAGAGUUUUCCAUACUGUCAUUGCUGAAGCUGUGGGUCAGCAACCACCGAAGCCAUGAUCACUGUGACCGAGCUCAGAUUUCUGGCAGACGCUCAAACAUCUUAUCACAUUUUAAAGCCAUGGUGGGAUGUAUUUUGGUAUUACAUUACUAUGGUUAUGUUAAUGAUUGCAGUGUUAGCAGGCGCACUGCAACUCACCCAAAGCAGAAUGCUGUGCCUUCCCUGUAAAGCUGAAGUGGACAAUCAGUGUGUACAUCCUUUGGAACCAGUGCUUAGACAUAUUAACUUAUCAUCUGCUUCUGCAGUUCAGGCAAUUCCAUCGUUAGGCAUUCAGAAUGACCUUCACCGCCAACAGUAUGCUUACAUUGAUGCAGUAUGUUAUGAGAAACAGCUUCACUGGUUCGCCAAAUUCUUCCCCUACCUUGUGUUUCUGCACUCAAUAGUCUUUGCAGUUUGCAGCAACUUCUGGCUUCACUAUCCAAGUACAAGUUCUAGACUGGAGCAUUUUGUAGCAAUUCUUUAUAAAUGUUUUGAUUCCCCAUGGACAACACGGGCUUUGUCAGAGGCAGUUGCUCAACAAUCAAUAAAACCACAGCAUCGGAGAAGAUCCCAGCUUAUGACUUCUACUGGUACUGAAGACGCAGAGACUCGCAGGCAAUCACUGCAGCCUGGAAUUGAGUCUUCAGCAGUAGAUGAUGAUGCCUCAGGUGUCCUAGACAAAAAAGAAGGUGAACAAGCCAAGGCUUUGUUUGAGAGAGUUCGUAGGUUCAGGUUCCAUGUUGAACAAAAGGAUAUUAUAUACAGAUUGUAUAUGAAGCAAAUUGUAGUUAAAGUAGUUGCACUCAUUGUGAUAAUUGCAUACGUGUCUUAUUACUUGAUGAAUAUAACAUUUGAAAUUGACUGCAUUAUUGAUAUUCAAGCAUUUACAGGGUACAGGAGAUACCAAUGUGUUUACUCUCUUGCAGUAAUUUUCAAAGUGCUGGCUACAUUUUAUGUUUUUCUUGUGCUUCUGUACGGUUAUGCCUGCUUUCAUAGUCUGUGGUGGAUGCUUAGAAGUUCUCUCAAGCGAUAUUCAUUUGAAGCAGUGAGAGAAAAAAGCAAUUACAGUGACAUUCCAGAUGUACAAAAUGACUUUGCCUUCAUCCUUCACUUAGCAGAUCAAUACGAUCCCUUGUACGCCAAGCGGUUUUCGAUAUUUUUGUCAGAGGUGAGUGAGAACAAAUUGAAACAAAUUAAUCUCAACAAUGAAUGGACAGUGGAAAUGCUGAGAAAUAAGUUACGGCGCAGUUCUAAAGACAAAGUGGAGCUUCAUAUGUUCAUGUUGAGUGGGUUGCCAGACAAUGUCUUUGAACUUAACGAGAUUGAUGUACUGAUCUUGGAACUUAUACCAGAUGCCAAACUGACGCCUAUGAUAACCCAACUUGUAAAUCUUAAGGAACUUCAUAUUUACCAUUCCACACUUACUGUAGACUUGCAGGCACUUAGCUUCCUUGCAGAGAACCUGGAAACGCUGCAUUUAAAAUUCACUACAAUGGAGAAGAUUCCAUCCUGGCUUUUUCUUUUGAAAAAUUUGAAGGAAUUGUACUUAGCAGGAUCACUUGACAAUUACAGUUAUUUUUACAUUGAAGGCCUUCAGGACUUGAAGAACCUGAAAUCUCUUUAUUUGAAGAGCAGCCUUCCCAGGAUCCCUCCUGUAGUCACAGAAUCAUUGCCAUCACUGGAGAAACUGUCUAUUAAUAAUGAAGGGAACAGACUGAUGGUCUUAAUCAGUUUGAAAAAAAUGACCAACCUCGCUUGCCUGGAACUGAUCAACUGUGACUUAGAACGAAUUCCACACUCCAUUUUCAGUCUCCGAGAACUGCAGGAGAUUGAUUUUAGAGGAAAUAAUUUUAAGACGAUUGAGGAAAUAAUUAGCUUUCAGCAUCUGCAGAAAUUGACCUGUUUGAAGCUGUGGCACAAUUCUAUUGCUUACAUUCCAAUUCAGAUCGGAGUUCUAGCAAACCUAGAACAGCUCUACCUAAAUCACAAUAACAUUGAAAUGGUGCCUCUUCAACUGUUCUUAUGUAACAAGCUCCGGGUUCUGGACUUAAGCUAUAACAAUUUAUCCUUUAUCCCAGAGGAAAUACAGCUAUUAAAGAACCUUCAGUAUUUUGCUGUGACCAAAAACAGUAUUGAAACGCUGCCUGAUGGACUAUUUAAAUGCAGCAAACUUCAGUAUUUAUUACUUGGAAAAAACAGCUUGAUGAGCAUCUCCCCACAAGUUGGCGACCUUAUGAACCUCAUUAAGAUUGAGCUUAUUGGUAACCAAGUUGAAUCUCUUCCUCCUGAAAUAGAAUCUUGCCAGUCUCUAAAACCAAAUUGCAUUAUUGUGGAAACACAUGUGUUACGUACCCUUCCAUCACUUGCAAAGGAAAAUCUCAAACCGUUACAGAGAGAGAAGAUGUCAUGAAGAAUAUUGUUGUUAAAUUGUAUUGCUCUUGUUAUUUAACGGUACAAAGUGGUGGUAGUUCUUUCUUCUUGGAUUUGGAGAUACAACCCUUGUAGAUAUAUCCAUAUAUAAUGGAUCAACGCAGCAAAUGUGCAUAUUUCCAACAUAUUGGAGCACUGUUCUCAGGACUUCCUGCCCUGGAGUGUGUAUAUUUGUUUG